AUGUGGAUAAAAUUCGUUGUUUUCGCGCUUCAACUGUGCGUCAUCAAUGCGGGCAAGGUGGAGGUCAGCAUAGAGGAGGUGGAGCGGAAAGGUAUGUAAACGGCAACAAAACGACUGUACUAUGUUUUCAUAUGUUUUUAUGAACGCCUACCGGAAGUUCGAAAAACCCCAAGUUCGACAACCAAAAGUUCGAAUGCCGCAAGUUCGAAUGCUGCAAGUUCGAAUACUAGAAGUUCGAAAAACCUUAAAUUAGAAAAACUAAAAGAUCGAAAACCGGAAGUUCGAAAUAUGAAAAUAUAAAAAAUGCAGAAUGAAAAAAAAGAAUCGAACUUGCGGUGGGUCUCCGAACGCCUACCGUAAGUUCGAAAAACCCCGAGUUUAAAUCUGCCUCACACGCGAUUUUUUUGCCCUGUGAAAAAAACUGCUGCUCUGCUCGCAAAGCCGUUUUUUGGUAUCCAAAAAACGGUUACCCACCGCAAGUUCGAAUCCGCAAGUUCGAAAGCCUAAAGUUCGAAUGUCUAAAGUUCGAACGACCUCCAGUUCGACAAACCUAAUCCAGUUCGACAAACCCAAACCGAGAAAGACACAGUUGGAUUGGCUCCAUGACGAAUCUUGAUCAGGUCGACAUGAAGAACAGCGCGUUCGUUGUCGGUCAGAGUGUUCGGACAACCAACCUCCAUCGUAGAGGAUGAAUGAAUGAUUGAAGAGGAAGUGUAUUUUGCAAAAUAAUUAUAUGCAAAUUAUAAUUUAAAACGGAUUUUUUUACAAAGUGAAGCAUGGCCCGGACAUUGUUGCGGUGACCAUCACCGAAUUUCUUCAAAUUUGGCUCAUAGAAGACCCACCGGGCGUACAUCGAAAGUGUCAAACGUUUUUGCGAAAUUUGCAUUAUUCGAGGAUUACUGUAACAUUUUGUGUUUUGUAAAGUUUCUAUUGUGAUGGGCUGAGGGAUGAAGCGUUGCGGAUGAAACUUACCGACUGGAUGUUUUCGACCAUGGCCAACAUUUUCCUAAUUGAAAUGUUUUUUGUAUCUCUUCAUCUUUUGGUAGUACCGUAACCCUCAACAUACCAUAUCGAUUACUGCCAAAAAUUGGGAAAAGUGUAACCAGUUUUUAAGCUUGAUUAUAAAGGCUGGACACACUCUCCGUAAAAUAAGACCAAAAAAUCCAAAAUAAAAAUAUAAGUUUUUGAGAUAUACGCGUUCAAAGUUGCUAUGUUCGGGUACUGUAGGACCAAAAUGGAGAUGAUGAAUUCUCAAACGGUACCAUUCAUUGCCACGCCUCACCCAUUAAUAGAGUAGCCUGAGAAAAAUAUUUUCUGAUCAAAAAAUAAAUAUUUCAGGCUUUAUUUCAGGUUUUAUACGAUGGUUACUGUAGUUUCUAACUUUUGUCAAUUUCGCUAACCAUUUUUUUCAAAUGACGCAUUUAGACCAGCUAUCCCAUUGAGAAAUGUGUGUACAACGUAAAAAUCAAAAAAUCAAGGCUAUAGUGCUAUCAAUUCUUAAAAUAAAGGGAGAUUACGGUAGCCGUAUCCGCUUUUUUCGCUGUUUGGCCGCGGCAUUCUUUGGAGAUGUUAGAGUAACCAGAUUUGAGACUGGAAAUAUGUUUAGAAUAUACAGGGGAGUAUUUUAGCAAAAAAUCGCGAAAAUAAAAAUAUAAGUUUUUGAGAAAAUCCGGGAUUACGGUCAUUUCAGGGGGUUUUUGGGCCGUUUGGCCGCGGCAUUCUUUGGAGCUGCAAGUGUAACCAGAUUUGAGACUGGAAAUUCACUCAGAAUGGAUAGAGGAGUAUUCUAGCAAAAAAUCCCGAAAAUAAAAAUAUAAGUUUUUGAGAAAAUCCGGGAUUACGGUCAUUUCAGGGGGUUUUUGGGCCGUUUGGCCGCGGCAUUCUUUGGAGCUGCAAGUGUAACCAGAUUUGAGACUGGAAAUUCACUCAGAAUGGAUAGAGGAGUAUUCUAGCAAAAAAUCCCGAAAAUAAAAAUAUAAGUUUUUGAGAAAAUCCGGGAUUACGGUCAUUUCAGGGGGUUUUUGGGCCGUUUGGCCGCGGCAUUCUUUGGAGCUGCAAGUGUAACCAGAUUUGAGACUGAAAUUCACUCAGAAUGGAUAGAGGAGUAUUCUAGCAAAAAAUCGCGAAAAUAAAAAUAUAAGUUUUUGAGAAAAUCCGGGAUUACGGUCAUUUCAGGGGGUUUUUGGGCCGUUUGGCCGCGGCAUUCUUUGGAGCUGCAAGUGUAACCAGAUUUGAGACUGGAAAUAUGUUUAGAAUAUACAGGGGAGUAUUUUAGCAAAAAAUCGCGAAAAUAAAAAUAUAAGUUUUUGAGAAAAUCCGGGAUUACGGUCAUUUUAGGGGGUUUUUGGGCUGUUUGGCCGCGGCAUUCUGUGGAGAUGCUAGUGUAACCAAAUUUGAAACCGGAAAUAUGUUCAGAAUAUAGAGGGGAGUAUUUCAGCAAAAAAUCCCGAAAAUAAAAAUAUAAGUUUUUGAAAAAAUCCCGGAUUACGGUAAUUUCGGACAGGAAAUCCCUUAAAAUCACCGUAAUUUCGAAAUUUCUCAAAAACUUAUAUUUUUAUUUUCGGGAUUUUUUGCAUAGGUACUUCCCAAGGCAGAGGGAAUUUAUUUCCGGUCGCAAAUUUGGUUACACUAGCAUCUCCACAGAACGCCGCGGCCAAACAGCCCAAAAACCCCCUAAAAUGACCGUAAUCCCGGAUUUUCUCAAAAACUUAUAUUUUUAUUUUCGGGAUUUUUUGCUAAGAUACUCCGCUGUCCAUUCUGAACGAAUUUCCAGCCUCAAAUCUGGUUACACUUGCAGCUCCAAAGAAUGCCGCGGCCAAACGGCCCAAAAACCCCCUGAAAUGACCGUAAUCCCGGAUUUUCUCAAAAACUUAUAUUUUUAUUUUCGCGAUUUUUUGCUAAAAUACUCCCCUGUAUAUUCUAAACAUAUUUCCAGUCUCAAAUCUGGUUACACUUGCAGCUCCAAAGAAUGCCGCGGCCAAACAGCCCAAAAACCCCCUAAAAUGACCGUAAUCCCGGAUUUUCUCAAAAACUUAUAUUUUUAUUUUCGGGAUUUUUUGCUAAGAUACUCCGCUGUCCAUUCUGAACGAAUUUCCAGCCUCAAAUCUGGUUACACUUGCAGCUCCAAAGAAUGCCGCGGCCAAACGGCCCAAAAACCCCCUGAAAUGACCGUAAUCCCGGAUUUUCUCAAAAACUUAUAUUUUUAUUUUCGCGAUUUUUUGCUAAAAUACUCCCCUGUAUAUUCUAAACAUAUUUCCAGUCUCAAAUCUGGUUACACUAACAUCUCCAAAGAAUGCCGCGGCCAAACAGCGAAAAAAGCGGAUACGGCUACCGUAAUCUCCCUUUAUUUUAAGAAUUGAUAGCACUAUAGCCUUGAUUUUUUGAUUUUUACGUUGUACACACAUUUCUCAAUGGGAUAGCUGGUCUAAAUGCGUCAUUUGAAAAAAAUGGUUAGCGAAAUUGACAAAAGUUAGAAACUACAGUAACCAUCGUAUAAAACCUGAAAUAAAGCCUGAAAUAUUUAUUUUUUGAUCAGAAAAUAUUUUUCUCAGGCUACUCUAUUAAUGGGUGAGGCGUGGCAAUGAAUGGUACCGUUUGAGAAUUCAUCAUCUCCAUUUUGGUCCUACAGUACCCGAACAUAGCAACUUUGAACGCGUAUAUCUCAAAAACUUAUAUUUUUAUUUUGGAUUUUUUGGUCUUAUUUUACGGAGAGUGUGUCCAGCCUUUAUAAUCAAGCUUAAAAACUGGUUACACUUUUCCCAAUUUUUGGCAGUAAUCGAUAUGGUAUGUUGAGGGUUACGGUACUACCAAAAGAUGAAGAGAUACAAAAAACAUUUCAAUUAGGAAAAUGUUGGCCAUGGUCGAAAACAGUCACACAAAAAGUUUUGGACUCAUAGAACCAUUACCCGGCCCACAACCAACGCCACUUUAUAAAAUACAAAAUGUUACAGUAAUCCCGGAAUGGAUGAAAUUUCGCGAAACCCUUCUUCGCUUUUCAUCAGCAUGCCCAGGCCCUUCUACUGGCCUUGUUUCAAGAAAUUUGGUGAUGGUCGUUGCAACAAUGUCCGGGCCCCUUGGAGGGAAGCUUCAGUUUGUAAAAAACUCUGUUUUAAAUAUUAAUUAACUUUUUUUUCAUUUUCGAACUUUAGUCAUUCAAACUUUAGGUUAUUCAAAGUUACGGUCAUUCGAACAUUAAGUAGUUCGAACUGGAGGUCGUUCGAACUUUAGUCAUUCGAACUUUAGGCAUUCGAACUUGCGGAUUCGAACUUGCGGUGUGUCUCCUGUUUUUAUCAAGUGCGUAGAGAGUUAUUUUCCUUUUAUCGCAAACGCACAUUUUGGCUUUUUUUGAAAAUUGCUGAAAAAACCGAUUUCCACUGUGCGAAUUAUUCGGCAAAAACCGUUCAAAAAAGCUUUUCAAACUUCAGUCCCACAAAGCGACGCAUACGGAGCAACACUUACCAACCAUCGGAAUGCAAUUUAUAUGGGAAAUAUUGCGAUUGGAACCCCGCCGCAAAGCAUAAGAGCAAUCUUCGACACCGGAAGCACCGUGCUGUGGGUUCCGGGUGUAAAAUGCAAGGCCAAAGGAGCACUGGUCAAUAACUGCAAGCAGGGAUCGAACCUGUUCAACGCGGCCCGCUCCAAAACCGCGGCAAACACGACGUAUGCAUUUGAAGAGACAUAUGACCAAGGCAAAGCCAAAGGGCAUGUGUUUACGGAUACGUUGAAGGUAUAGAAUGAUGGCUUUACUGUUCGAGUAGACUACUAAUCAUAUUAACAGUCUGUCGGGAAAAUAAUGAGUACACUUUCACAACCUUGUCGCUAAAGCUGAAAAAAUUGAUUUUGGUCUGACACAGUUCAUUUUCUCGGCCGCGAUGCCAUUUUCGGUGCUACAGGGUGCUCAUUAUUUUCCCGACAAACUGUUAGUACCAUUCCAACAGUCUGAUCUUUAGUUCGGCGCCGCUGAUUCUCAAGGCCCUACUCUUCGACGAGUUCACUUUGGAAUUGCCAGCGACAUCGAAUACAGCGACGACGCCAUCUUUGGCCUCCCUUCCCGAGACGUCUACAACCCCAACGGCAACAUCCACAAGUCCAUCUUUCAUCAGGCCUUCGGCGAAGGUCUGUUCAACAAGCCCAUCUUCACCAUCCACAUGGACCGCUGCAACGAUACGAAAUGCCGGAAAAGCGGAAAGAUCACGUUCGGCGACUUUGACAACGAGCACUGCAAUACGAACGACGUGCAUUGGGUGGGCGUGCAGAACAAACAAGGAUGGGUUUUCCCGAUUAACGGAAUUCAGCAAGGCGAACAGGUGCUCAGAACCAAUAUCCCCGCGAUUAGUGACACUGGAACAACUAAUAUUGUCUUGCCGAACUCGCUAUGUCAACAGAUUGUUAGUGGGUUGAAAGCGAAAAAAAUCAGAGAUGUAAGUCGUCAGAAUAACCUCAGUUUGUCGGGAAAAUAAUGAGCAAUGUCGCAGCGCCGUCCGCAUCGUAAAAAACGAAUUAAUUUUACAUCGAUACAAUUCAUUCUCUCUGCGACGAUGCGAUUUUCGAUGCGACAACGCUCGUUGUUCCCCCGACAAACUGAUACACAAAGACAGCGCGAAGUUUAGAACACUUUCACCCUUCCUUGCAACUCAACUCCAAGUCUGUCGGUCCUUCUUGACCGGAGAUUUACCAUAGAUCCCAAAGAGCUAUUGGUUCCUCUUUCCGCUGCAGAUCAGAAGAAACAAGGGAAGAAUGUCUGCCGUUUGGCCGUCACAUGCUCUUCCAAGAACGAUAUGAUUAUUCUCGGUGAGCCAUGGACCAGAUCGUAUUGCCAAAUCCAUGAUAUUAUGUACAAACGCAUUGGAUUUUCGACUACAGUCGGUAAGCGGUUAUUUUAGUCUGUCCGGAAAAUAAUGUGGAUUCGCAGACCGAUCACCCAUUAUAUCGCUCUGCGACGGCUUGUUGCGGCUGUAUAUUUGGUGCGAGGCUGCGACAAGGCGAGACAUUUUGUUGCGACAAAUCCACAUUAUUUUCCCGACAUUGUGUUGGCCCGAACUGCCGCGCCAACAUGAAGAAAAGUUCUUUUUUCAGGUUCAAAUCCAAAUGAAAAUAAGCAAGGCAACAGGAACAACCAACCCUUCAACAACCCCAAUUACGGCGGAUAUAACGGCAAUGGCCCAUAUAACAACCCAUAUAAUUAUGGAGGGUAUAACGGGAAGAAUCCGUAUAAUAACCCAUACGGCAGUCCUUACGGUGGUUACAACGGCUACAACGGUUAUAACGGCUACAACUCGAAUCCCUACAGUGGCUACAACUCCUAUCCUUAUGGCGGUUAUAGCGGCUAUAACAGCCCGUAUAACGGCUACAAUUCCAAUCCAUAUUAUGGAAGUGGCUAUCAAUAUAACCCUUAUAACCCGUACGGCGGUUAUUCAUAUUGCCCGAGUUGUAGUGGCCGUGGUGGCGGUUACGGACGAUAUUACGAUAUUCCGUCGAAAAAAUAA